UUGACACAUGCGCUAGCACUAGAGUAUGGAGCACAAGUCUCUAGAGACUACGUUGGUCACAGGAAACGGCAGAAGAAUUUGAAAUAGCUUCCGAAACCUGGAUCGAUUUGCAUCAGCAUGGCGGACACCAACCAGAUUUUUACAAAAUUUUCAAAGUAAAUAGGUAAGCGCAUUUAUUGAAUCAUAGUGUGGCCCGAAAUCGUUCAAGGUGAAAACGUGAAACUUUCCAAUGGCAGUUGAAAUGACAAGGUUGGUGUUUUCUCUCUUACUUUGUUUAUUAUGGAAUGCAUUCGCUGCUCAAGCUAGCUGGAGCUUUCAACUAACAGAUGUCACCUGUUAUGACCCAACUUCCAAAGCACCGUCAGGCAUCACCUGCAACUGUACUGGCGGCGCUGUGAACUGCUCGUACAGGGGACUCACGUCGGUGCCGAGGGAAAGCUUUGAUGCUUCAAUCACCUCAUUAGACCUACACGCCAACGUCAUCUCCGACUUGCCAGAUUCAUCAUUUGUGAGAUUUGUCAAUCUAAGAGUUCUAGACCUGUCUCAGAAUAGCAUUAGCUCACUGAAUGCUCAUUCUUUCGGAGGACUGAGGAGCUUAACAACUCUCAACUUAAACUCCAACAUGUUACAAAUGUUCAAUGCAAACUUUCCACCCAAUGUGUUCCGCCCUUUAAUAACCUUGGAAACGCUCCUGCUCAAUAACAAUUCUUUGAAUGUAAGCGACCCUGCAAUGAACUACCCUGACCAGGUCCUGUCAGUGUUGACAAGUUUAAAAACUCUGUAUCUAGACGGACUGCAAAAUAAAGUGCUAGGUCCCGGGUUUCUAAACCUGACAUCUUUAACUAAUCUCAUCUUGUCGGGUUAUUACGGUCUCUGUCAAAUAAAAUCACUGACAAGUGAGACGUUCGAAAAUGUGCCUUACUUGCACUUCUUAGAUAUAAGCAACUGCUCUUUACAAGAGAAAAAUGUUUCCCAUGAGGCUUUUGUGGUUUUUACAAAUUUGGUCACUUUAAAUAUUUCGGACAACGAGGAUCUUGGUAUUGAGGCGGUUGGAGAAAUAAUGCGCGGGCUGAAAGAGAAAGCAACUCUUAGAGAGCUGUCCAUGCGUCUCGUUGUAAACCAGUAUUCAAUGGGCAUCUGCUUAUCCACGUCGCUUGUGAAAUUCUUCCCUAAACAUCUCCAGAUUCUCGAUGCGCAGGAGAAUAAUUUUAUCGCAUAUAGCUCGAGAAUUAUAGAGACGUUUUUAGAUUUGACCUAUUUAGAUCUGAGCGGAAAUAGAUUUAUCUUUGGCAAAUACUUGAAGAGUUUAAAAGAUCUAACAAACUUAAAGCACUUAAUCUUAAGUGGAAGCAAUUUCGUGUACAACUUACCAUCUGAUUUCCCUCAAAGUAAAAAACUUACACUAGAUUCUGCAAACUUGUGUGACGUAACGGGAAAUGACCUUUAUGACACGUCACCAUUUUCAUUUCCGUUGCCGCCAAAUCUUGAAAAACUGGAAGUGAACAAAGCGGACCUUCAAUACAGAUUGACUCAAUUCACGGUUGGGGCGAAUAAGUUGAAGACUUUGAGCCUAGCCAACAACACAUUCCCGAGUUUGGUUGGACCGAUACAUGGCCUGGAUGAACUUGAAGUCUUAGACCUUUCAUUUAACUAUAUCGAGUUUAUAUCUGACGAGUUCUUUGACACUCUCUCCACCUUGAAGAAGCUAAAUAUCAGCAACAAUCUCUUGGGCUCGUUUCUGAGUGUUCUUGUCUCCCCGAGAAUAUUUUCAGCUUUAAGAAACCUCACAGUGUUAGACUUGUCUGAAAACUUUAUCAUAGAUUUCACGUGUGACCUUUUCAGUAACUUGACCAGCUUAGAAUAUUUCAACAUAAGCAAAAAUGCUUUGAUAAGAUUCGAAGUGGACAUUUCUAGAAUGUCGAAUUUAAUCUUUUUAGACUUUCACCUGACAAGAAUGACAGGUCUUACGUCUGAGUUUCGAGACAGUAUUGACAGACUUCUCUCUAACAAAAGAAACGUUUCUAUCGACAUGAGCAAUGCGCCCAUUAGCUGCAACUGCAAAAAUUAUGAUUUUAUGACCUGGAUGACUUCCUCGAAAGCUUUUAGUCAGGGCUUUAAAAACUAUAUCUGUGUGUACCCAGACCAAACAGGUCACGUGGUGAACGAUGACUUUGAAGAAGACAUGAAUCUCCUCAACCACCAGUGCGCCAGCAACGUCUUGCUUUUUUCCAUGAUCGCCAUUGCAAUGAUUGUGGUCGUUGGUGCAGUAGCUGGGGGAAUCGUAUACAAGUAUCGCUGGAAGCUGCGAUACCUAUACAACGCUGCCUAUCUACAGUUUAAAAGUUCAAGAAGAGGCGAGGACGAUGAAUUCGAUUACGACGCCUUUAUCUCCUACGAUCAGGAAGACGGCGUCUUUGUCACGCAGACACUGGUGCCCGAGCUAGAGAAACGAGAGAUCCAUCUCUGCAUCCACGCCAGUGAAUUCACGGCUGGUGAGUACAUAAGCUCGAACAUUGUGAAGGCUGUCAACAGAAGCAGGAAGACGGUCGUGGUUCUCACCCAGAAUAUGCUGAGCAGCUACUGGUGCAACUUCGAGAUACAAAUGGCCAACAUGGAGGCCUUGCACACGGGCCGCCGCGUCCUGGUCUUCCUACUGGUGGACAAUAUCCCCACCAAGGAUCUCGGGCUGGAGUUACUCUACUACAUUCGUAGCAAUACUUACAUCCCCUUUCCGGAAGACUUCAGAGACACGAACGGCAUGAGCUGGUUGUGGGAUAAAGUGGCUAACGACAUUCGCAAUGACUGAAUAAAUGCAUUCUAAAUAAUUCAUACCUACAUAUAAAUCAGGGAGAACUGAAACGAGUUAACACACUACUUCAUAAUACUAAUUGUAAGGUUAUGAAAUGAUGUCACGACAUUGGAUAAGUCUAAAAGUCACUGUAAAAUUUAACGGUGUUUUUUUACAUGAACAGCAAAGUGUUACAUAACAGUACUUAACAGUACAUAACAGUACUUAACAGUACUUAACAAUACAUAACAGUACUUAAUGGUUAAUUUCCUCAGAAAUACUUCACAAAGUAAGGUCAUGGCCGCAAAUUUCACAACGUAAUAAUUGUUAAACAAGUAGCUUAAAAAAAAGUUUUUCUUGUUUUGUUUUGUUUUUUAAGAAAAUACCUCCUUUGUAAAGCUGCUGACUUUUUGAAAGAGCGAUUACUUUGUUCUUGAUAUGAAAUAACUCAUAUGUUAACAAAACAUAUCGUGUCAAAACCAAAUAAAAACUACUUGACAAACUAAUGCAAAUAAUCAAAGGACAUAAUCUAAUGUAUCAUACCACGCAAUCCAGAAUAAAUUAUCAUGUGAAAAAAAAAACAAAUUACAAGAUCUUGUAAUGACAUUAAAAAAAUUUACCCCGCACCAAUUUACCUCCCCCACCCCCCAUCAAAAAAAAAUCCUGGUUACGCCCAUGCAUAGAUAUACUUAGAGUAUAGAAAAUUGUUGUUUUGGUGGUAUAGAUCCAGACUUUUAAAAAAAUACAUUUCAAGACAGUAGUCAGUAGUCUACACUAGAAUACUGGAUUUAGAGAUACAGCUAUUUAAAUGUGUAUUAAUGAAUUGUAGUAGUAUUAUAAACCCUAUGUAUGUUGUCACAAAUGUAUUUCAUCAGCCCAGCUAAGGAAUUCAACAUAAGAUGGUGCGCAAAGUGUUCCUAAACUUUUUUUUUUU